CGGAGGUGAUUCCGGAAACGGCUAUAUAUAAAAUCCCCAAUUUCUCUGAGUUCUACACAGCGAAUUUAUUGCGAGAAUUAGACCUUACCCUCCUUACUCGUAGAUAGGCCCAGAGCCAAUUGUAUAGAUAUAUAAAUUUAUAUGGCGGAUCCGAAUCCACUACUAUCGUCGGACGAUCUGCCGCCGUUGAUGGAGCCGGCGGGGAAAGCGGCGCGGUGCCGGACAUCUCUCGACGACACCAUCGAGCACUGCAUCGGAGACUUCGGGUGGACCCAAAUUCUACAGGCGACGCUCGUCAGCUUCGCCUGGUUCUUCGACGCGCAGCAGACGUUUAUCAGCGUGUUUACGGAUGCAGAGCUUAAAUGGAGUUGUACCGAUUCGGCGACGUGCAGCGCCGGCAGCAACAUCUGUGAGAUCCCCCGGGAGUCGUGGUCGUGGGACUCGCCGGCGAGUAUGUCGAUUUUAUCGGAUUGGUCGCUUCAGUGCGCCGGGUCAAUUGUAACAGGCCUACCGGCGUCGUCGUUCUUCUUGGGGUGCCUCAUCGGAGGGUUUGCCCUCGCCGGACUGGCAGACUCGUCUCUCGGCCGGAAGAACAUGCUGGUCCUGUCGAGCAUGAUUAUGUCGUUAACCGGCGUGAUGACGGCGUUUUCAACGAAUAUAUGGAUGUACUCCGCCUUGCGAUUCGUCGCCGGAUUUGGGCGGGCGACGGUCGGCACUUGCGCUCUGGUUUUGUCGACGGAGCUCGUCGGAAAAAGAUGGAGGGAGAACAUCGGGAUCGUCGGAUUCAUUUGUUUCACUCUCGGAUUCCUGUCUCUGCCGAUUAUUGCGUUUUUCCUCCAGGGCUCGUCGUGGAGGUUAAUUUACCUCUGGACAUGUGUCCCGUCGGUGCUGUACUCGUUGUCGGUGCUUUUCCUUGUCCGAGAAUCGCCGAGAUGGCUGUUCAUCAAAGGCCGGAAAGACGAAUUCGCAGAUACAUUGAGAAGCAUCGCGUCGCCGGCGAACCAGAGCAGCUUAACCCAAAGCUUCUUCGGGAGGUGCACGCCGUGGGAGGAGACGUCGGAGGAGCCCGACGUCUUCGCCGCCCUGAAAACAUUGGUGUCGAAGGGGUGGUCCUUGCGACGGCUGGCGGCGGUGAUGGUGGUGGGAUUCGGCAUCGGGAUGAUAUACUACGGAAUGCCGUUGGGGCUGGGGAACCUGUCGAUAAAUCUUUACCUAAGCACUGUAUUGAACGCCCUGUCGGAAUUCCCGGCGUCGUUUCUGACGUAUGUCCUGAUCGGAAGAUUGGACAGGAAGAAGUCGGUGUUGGGAUUGUCGUUGCUCGCCGGAAUUUGCAGCGUCGGCUGCGUGUUGGUGACGUGGAAGGGCACCCAAAUCGUGCUGGAGCUCGUGUCGUUCUUCUGCGCCUGCACGGCGUUCGACGUCGUGAUGAUUUACACGCUCGAGCUUUUUCCGACAACGGUGAGGAACUCGGCGGUGUCGAUGGUACGGCAGGCGCUGGUGCUCGGCGGGGUUUUCAGUCCGGUGCUGGUCGCCGCCGGCAGAAAAAACGGGCUGCUGUCGUUCGGCGUUUUCGGGGUGACAAUAUCGACGUGCGGGCUGUUCGUGGCGUGCCUGCCGGAAACGAGAGGCAGAAUCACCUGCGAUACAAUGGAGGAAGAAGAGCGGAAGGAUGCGGCGGCGGCCGCCGGAAUAUACUGCGUCUGAAAGUCCGUCGUUACAGUAGUUCUGUUCCGUACAUGUUAAUUAUAUGUUAAUUAAUUAAUAUCUUAAUUCAUUAAUUGCAAAAC